UAUAACUUAAAAUAGUAAGGACGUAGUAGUAGUUGAACCAAGUCGCCAUUUGACCUUUCUCCGCCUCCCCAUUCUCACUUUCCCACAAAAAAAACUACUUAAUCCACUCUUCUCCUUCCUCCUCCCAAUCCCAUUUCUCUCCAUCACCUCAUUAUCUACUCACAAUAAUUCUUGCUUGAUUUGCUCUGCUGAAGUUCAUCCAAUCGUUUUUGCUAAAAAGGAAAUUUUAAUUUGUUUGAUUUUGAAUUAUAAUUGACUGGUUAUUCAAGUCAGAAUUUUCAAGAUGAACGAUCUCUUUUCCGGUUCUUUCUCUCGCUUUCGAAACGAGAGCGCGUCGCCUGAUAACCGCCACCACUCCGUCCAAAUGUCGGAGACGCCGUCCACCGGCGGCGUCAAUCUCGACAAGUUCUUUGAGGACGUCGAGUCCGUCAAAGACGAGCUGAAAGAGCUCGAUCGUCUCUACACGAAUCUCCAAUCCUCUCACGAACAGAGCAAGACUCUUCACAACGCCAAAGCCGUCAAAGACUUGCGUUCUCGGAUGGACGCUGACGUCAGCUCCGCCUUGAAGAAGGCGAAGUUGAUCAAGGUCCGAUUGGAGGCUCUGGAUCGGUCCAACGCCGCCAACCGGAGCCUGCCAGGAUGCGGACCGGGAUCGUCGUCGGAUAGGACGAGGACGUCGCUGGUCAACGGGUUGAGAAAGAAGUUGCAGGACUCGAUGGAGAGUUUUAAUGAGCUAAGACAGAAGAUUUCCGGCGAGUACAGAGACACCGUACAGAGACGGUACUUUACGGUCACCGGAGAGAAUCCUGAUGAAAAGGUUUUGGACCGUCUGAUCUCAACAGGAGAGAGUGAAACAUUCUUGCAAAAGGCAAUUCAAGAGCAAGGCAGAGGCAGAAUUUUGGACACUAUAAAUGAGAUUCAGAGGCAUGAUGCUGUGAAAGACAUGGAAAAUCUGCAGGAGCUGCACCAGGUGUUUUUAGACAUGGCUGUGUUGGUGCCUCAAGGAGAACAAUUAGACGACAUCGAAAGCCACGUGGCGAGAGCUAACUCGUUCGUUCGUGGCGGUACGAGCGACUGCAGACUGCUAGAAAUUCCAGAAAAUAGCCGGAAAUGGACUUGUUAUGCCAUAGCUCUUGCUGGUAACAUCUUGUUCGUUGUGUUGUUCACUGUGAAGCCAUGGGAAAAGAAUAAUAACACUGCCGCUGGUACUCCGUCGCUCCGGUUCAGCUCUCACCGCCAACGCCUGCUAACCGGUAGAUGGAUAUGUUUCAUGGCUUUGUUUGUAGAUCAAACCAUAUGAGAUUAUACCGUAGCUUCGAAUUUUUUUUUUUUUUUUUUUAUUGAUUUAAUUUUUUUGAGACAUUUGCAGUUGGGGUUAGUGAAUUUUGCUUUGGCUGAAUGUAGAUUCUUUAUUGUAUCUAUUAUAUUAUUUUUGGUUUAGCUUUAUAGUGGAUGUUGUUUAUUGCAAAUAUAUGCACCUAACUUAUACUAAAGUGUUUGAACUUUUUGGAUCA